UUCAGGUAGGUGGAUCUGGGUGACAUUGGACGUCCGCCCCGGCUAGGGUUCGCAGACGGCGUAAGUCUCGUGCCUGGAACGUUUGUUUAUCCUUCAGGCCUCUGCUGCAAACAUGCUCCGCCAGAUCAUCAGUCAGGCCAAGAAGCAUCCGAGCUUGAUUCCCCUCUUUGUAUUUAUUGGAGCGGGAGGCACUGGAGCAGCCCUGUAUGUGGCACGCCUGGCCCUGUUCAAUCCAGAUGUCUGUUGGGACAGGAAGAAUAACCCAGAACCCUGGAACAAACUGGGUCCCAAUGAUCAGUACAAGUUCUACUCUGUGAAUGUGGACUACAGCAAACUGAAGAAAGAAGGUCCAGACUUUUAAAUUUAAAAAACCUCACAAUAAAGCUGCUUAAAAUGAAGGUCUUUCAGAAGCCAUCCGCACAAUUUUCCACUUCGCUAGGAAAUAUCUCCUGUAAAUGCAUGUCAUAAUUAUGUUGAUUUGUUGGAUUUAUUACACUGAUUAAUAAAUCUCUGAAACUUGA